AUGGCGCCUUCAAUCAAUGACGUGCCCGUUGGCCAGACCAUUUCUCCAUCAGCCUGUAAUGUCGGCAUCAAUGGAUUUGGUCGUAUAGGUCGCAAUGUUCUCCGCGCUGCUCUUGUCCGAUCUGAUAUCCAGGUCGUUGCUAUCAACCACACAUGUGUUACCGUCGAAGACCUCAUCUACCUCAUCCGCUAUGAUUCCUCAAUGGGAAACCUUGAUGAGCGAGUCGACAUUCAAGCUCUGUCAGAUAACCUGAUCACCAUCGAUGGAAAGCGAGUGGCUCUUACAUCAGAGCGUGACUUGAAGAAGCUUGACUGGGCUUCCUUGGGAGCCGACUACGUCCUCGAAUGCACUGGAAAGUUCACAAAGCGCGACCUCGCAAUGGAGCACAUCACCUACGGUAACGCCAAGCGUGUGCUUAUCUCCGCGCCUAGCUCAGACGCACCUACCUUUGUCUACGGCGUGAACUCCGACGAUUAUACCCCCAGUGAAGAGUGCCGUGUCGUGUCCAAUGCAAGCUGCACAACCAACUGUGUCACACCUGUCUUGAAGGUUCUCCAAGAGUCUUUCGGCAUUACUCAAGGCUUCUUGACUACUGUGCACGCUGCUACCCGAUCUCAGCAGGUUCUGGACGGAUACAGCAAGAAGAACGCUCGUCUGGGCCGAGGUGUCUUCAACAAUAUAAUUCCCACCACCACCGGUGCCGCCAAGGCCGUCGCCACCGUUUUGCCCGAGUUGAAGGGCAAGGUGACCGGUGUCUCCAUCCGAGUUCCCACACCCAACGUCUCCAUGAUCGAUCUUACAGUCUGCACCGAGAAGCCUACCUCUCUCUCAGAAAUCAUGUCCAAGUUCCGCCUUGCCUCAAAAUCGAGUAUGGCUGGAGUUCUUCGCGUCACCGAUCAGGAGCUGGUGAGCAGCGACUACAACGGUAGCCCAUACAGCGCUAUCAUUGAUGCGCCAGCAUGUGCAGAGCUGAACCCUCAGUUCUUCAAGAUUAUGGCAUGGUACGACAACGAGUGGGGAUACUCGAACCGACUUCUUGAUUUGACGACUUUUGUGCAUGCCCAAGAGGCUAAUUAG